AUGGCGCACCCCAGCGUGAUGGGUGAUGGUGCUAACGGGCGGGUGGCGGGGACCCGCUUCAAGUGCAGCGUCUGCCCUGACUGCGACCGGUGCUCUGUCUGCGAGGGGGAGGGCAUGCACCAGGGGCGCAGCAAGCUCGCCUUCCCCAGCCCCGCUGGGCACUUCUCUGAGGGCUUCUCUCACAGCCGCUGGCUCCGGGGGCUGAAACAUGGGCACUCUGGGUGGCGUGGCUGGGAGACGGGCCCACCGGGGAACUGGAGCCCACGUCCUCCUGAGGCAGGGGACGUCCACCCUGGUCCUGCCACGGAAUCAGCCUCUGGUCCAUCAGAAGAUCCCAGUGUGAAUUUCCUCAAGAACGUGGGGGAGAGUGGAGCAGCUGCCCUCAGCCCGCUGGGCAUUGAAGUCGAUAUUGAUGUGGAACACGGAGGCAAGAGAAGCCGCCUGACCCCCGCCUCUGCAGGCAGUUCCAGCACAGAGGAGAAGUGUAGCUCUCAGCCAAGCAGCUGCUGCUCUGACCCCAGCAAGCCAGACGGGGAUGUGGCAGGCACAGCACAGUCUCUGACGGAGCAAGUGAAGAAGAUCGCCCUGGAGUCAGCGGGUCAGCCUGAGGAACAGAUGGAGUCUGAUAACUGUUCAGGAGGAGAUGAUGACUGGACUCAUCUGUCUUCAAAAGAGGUGGACCCGUCUACAGGUGAACUCCAGUCUUUACAGAUGCCUGAAUCUGAAGGGCCAAGCUCUCUGGAUCCUUCCCAGGAAGGACCCACAGGACUGAAGGAAGCUGCAUUGCACCCACAUCUUCCACCAGAAGCUGACCCCUGGCUGAUUGAGUCCCUCUCCCAGAUGCUAUCCAUGGGGUUCUCUGAUGAAGGCGGCUGGCUCACCAGGCUUCUGCAGACCAAGAAUUACAUCGGGGCUGCCCUGGACACCAUCCAGUAUUCAAAACACCCACCACCUUUGUGA